CCUCGCAAUCCUGCAACAGCAGAGACACUGGUUAUGUGGGAGACCCCGUCCAGUGGGCCAUGCCAGCCUCCCACAGGCAACCAUGGCCUGGCUGUUUCCUUCUACCUUGGCAAAGCUGAUCCUGCCAAGAGAGCCUCAGUCAACUGAGCCUUUGGGGCUGUACAGCAGGCAGCCCAGCAGGGCCCAGCUAGCUGAGGUUCCUAGGAUGCCGCAGCGUCAGGGCUAGCGGUGACGCAGAAGAUGAGGACUGCAUGGUUGUUAAGGGCUGGAAGGGACCUUACAGAUCAUGGGGUCCAGCCCCCCUGCACUUGGGCAGGACACCCACCAUGGCAGCCCCGCAGCUGACCGAGAGCACCAUCACAGUGGAUGGGCAGACCCUGUUCUACCGGCAGGCUGUGCCAGGCCAGCAGGCCCCGAAACUGGCUGUCUUGCUGCUGCACGGCAUUCGCUUCUCUUCUGAAACCUGGCUCAACCUGCAGACACUGGCAAAGUUGGCAGGAGCUGGGUACCGUGCUGUGGCCAUUGACCUGCCAGGCCUUGGCAAUUCCAAGGAUGCAGCAGCUCCGGCCCCCGUGGGGCAGCCGGCCCCAGGGGGGUUCCUGAAGUCUGUCUUCGAGGCCUUGCAUCUGGGCCCAGCGGUGGUGAUCAGCCCAUCCCUCAGCGGGAUGUACUCGCUGCCCUUCCUCUUCCAGCACAGCGACCUGCUGAAGGCCUACGUGCCGGUGGCACCCAUUUGCACUGAGAAGUUCACGGCGGCGCAGUAUGCCAGCAUCAAAAUUCCCACGCUGAUCGUGUAUGGGGACCAGGAUGCCCAGCUGGGGGAAGUGAGUCUGAACAACCUGAAGAACCUGCCCAAUCACAAGGUGCUGCUGAUGCAAGGGGCAGGCCAUGCCUGCUACCUGGACAAGCCAGAGGAGUGGCACCAGGGCUUGCUGGACUUCCUGAGGAGCCUGGAGUGAGGGGUGGCCAAUCCCCUCCAUCACUGGGGUUUGGGGCAUGGAUUCUGGACACAAUCUGGGUUUCUCUCUGCCACUAGAGCACCUACUUGAUCAUUAUCUCACUGCGGGCUGGCUGAGGGCCAUGGCACAGUGAGGGCAACCAGGGGCCCUACUGAGAGCCAGGGGCUCCGUCUACUUCUUUCUCUUUAAAAUUAUUAGCAGCUGA